AUGGAAGAAGUUGCUGUUCCUCCAUAUUUUAUUUGCCCAAUUUCGUUACAAAUCAUGAAAGAUCCAGUUACAGCCACCACUGGAAUUACUUAUGAUCGUGAAAGUAUUGAGAAUUGGUUUUUGACCUCUAAAGAUGCAAUCUUUUGCCCUCUCACCAAGCAAUCUUUGACCAAAGCUUCCGACUUGACACCAAACCACACGCUUCGUCGUCUCAUUAAGUCUUGGAUGGUUGAGAAUGCUUCCCCCGGUGGUGGAGAUGAUGAAUUUCUAACUCCUAGCCCACUUUUAGACAAGACCCGUCUUCGAAAGCUCUUGCGGGAGGUUGCUGUCGCUUCCGAUGAGCGCCUUCGCAUUGACGCCGUGAAGAAGCUUCAUGCUUUGGCUAUUGAAAGUGACACGGCAAGUCGAGGCCGUAUGGAGGAAGUCGGCGUGGCGAAGGGGAUGGUCUUGUUUGUUAUAAGACGUUUUAGGGAAGGGAGAGUUGGUGGACUUGAGGAAGCUUUGAAGAUUCUUAGUCUACUUUCACAUUAUUCAAUUUCUGAAAUUAGGUUUCUUGAGUUUUUUGAAUCAUUGACUUGGGUUUUGGGUUUGGAGAUGGAAAAUCACACAAUAAUCAAAAGCUACGCCAUUGAAGUGUUGAAGAAAGCAACCGAUGUGGCUCCCUCCACCAUUCUCACCCAAAUAAACCUUGAGUUCUUCAAAAACAUCACAAAUCUCUUCAGAGAAAAGAUCUCAAAUUCAUCUCUCAAAACAACACUCACAAUGCUAAUAAACAUAUGCCCCUGGGGACGAAACCGAGUCAAGCUUGUUGAAGUCGGGGCAGUUUUUGACCUCAUCGAACUCGAGCUCGAGAAGCCAGAGAAGAACAUAACUGAGCUCAUUUUCAACCUCUUGGCCCACCUAUGCUCCACGGCAGAUGGGAGAGCAGAGCUCAUCAGCCAUGCGGGGGGCAUCGCGGUGGUUUCCAAGAGAAUACUUAGAGUUUCGAUUGCAACAACCGAUCGAGCUAUUCAAAUUCUAUCGUUGAUAUCGAAACACUCCGCUAGGAAGGAUGUUCUUUUGGAGAUGUUGAGGGUUGGGGCAGUGUCAAAGCUUUGCAUGAUAAUGCAAUCUAAUUGCGAGGGAUUCUUGAAGGAGAAAGCUAGAGAGAUUUUGAGAAUGCAUUCGAAUGUGUGGAGUAAUUCUCCAUGUAUUGGGGUUUAUGUGAUGACUAGAGACCCUAGAUAG